AUGUGCCAGUACGAGAACAUCCACUACGGCUGCGGUCAUGCCGUUCGUCGUCUCAUCAAGCACUGCCACUUCGCUCGCAACGAUCCCAACCAUCAAUGCUUUGGUGCUUGGUCCGUCAAGAGAGAGUGGUCCAACCCUACAGAGUACUGUCGCAACUGCGCAUACUAUGCUAGACAGCGAACUUUCGGUCACGGCCGCUGA